UCUGGAGCGUGCGCAUGUCACUUUGCUCAGAAGCCUGCGAGUGUGGAAGACGCUUUUAUUCAGAGGGGUGUUAGAAGAUUUGAAGACUGCCAGGUUGUUCUCUGACUCAGUGCUUCUGAUAUCUUUCCAGCUUCAGGCUGCAGCAGGAGAUUUUAAAUUUGAAAACAGUGAAAUUCUUUCAGAGGGUAUUAGAAGAGGAGGAUUUGCAGUUGGGAAACUCAAACUAAACAUCAUGUCAGGAUCUGACAGUCUCCCAGUUUAUCGCAAUCUGAAUAUCAUCAUCAGAUAGUGAACAUGGAAGGAAAAAGCUCCGUUCACAGCGGAGAGAAACUGUACACAUGUUCUGUCUGUGGGCAAAGCUUCAACUUUUCAUCCAACCUGCAGAGACACAAGGACACCCGCACCACGGAGAAACCAUGGAAAUGUGAGGACUGUGCAAAGGGAUUCAAUUGUCCUGUUAAGCUGGAAUCUCAUUUGCACUUUCACACUGGAGAGAGGCUGUUCACCUGCUCUGAGUGUGGGAAGGGAUUUACUCGUUCAUCCCACCUGCUUCGGCACCAGUGUGUUCACACUGGGGAGAGGCCGUUCUCCUGCACCAGAUGUGGAAAGGGAUUCACUCGGACAUGCCACCUCAUGGCACACCAGCGUGUUCACACUGAGGAGAGACCUUUUAAAUGUCCAGACUGCGGGAAGAGCUAUAAAAGUUCCGGUGAAUUGCUGUACCAUCAGCGUGUUCACACUGAUGAGAGACCGUUCAGGUGCUCUCACUGCGGAACUGGGUUCAGGCGAUCAUCUGACCUCACUGAACACCAGAGAACUCACACUGGGGAGAGGCCGUUCAUCUGCACGGAGUGCGGGAAAGGAUUCACUCAGUCAUCCAGCCUGCUGAGACAUCAGCGAGUUCACACUGAAGAGAGACCGUUCACCUGUCCUGAGUGUAGGAUGGGAUUCAGUAAUUCAUCCAACCUGCUGACCCACCAGCGCGUUCACACUGGGGAGAGGCCAUUCACCUGCUCAGCAUGUGGGAAGGGAUUCACUCAGUCAUUCAGCUUGCUGAGGCAUCAGCGAGUACACACUGGGGAGAGGCCAUUCACCUGCCCCGUGUGUGGGAAGGGAUUCAUUAGUUCAACCAACCUGCAGAGACACCAGAAGGUUCACACUGGGGAGAGACCUUUUAACUGCUCCAAGUGUGGGAAGGGAUUCACACGAUUAUCCACACUGCUGACACACCAGCGAGUUCACACUGGGGAGAGGCCAUUCACCUGUGCUGAGUGCGGGAAGGGAUUCACUCAGUCAUCCCACCUGCUGAUACACCAGCGAGUUCACACCGGGGAGAGGCCAUUCACCUGCUCCUUGUGUGAGAAGGGUUUCAGUGAUUCAUCUACCCUGCAGACACACCAGCGAGUUCACACUGGGGAGAGACCAUUCACUUGCUCCAUGUGUGGGAAAGGAUUCGCUCAGUCAUCCAACCUGUAUUCACAUCAGCGAGUUCACACUGCAGAGAGGCCAUUCACCUGCUCUGUGUGUGGGAAGAGGUUCCCUCACUCAUCCAAUCUGCUGAGACACCAGCAGGUUCACAGUGGGGAGGGGGCUUUCACCUGCUCUCAGUGUGGGAAGGGAUUCAGUGAUUCAUCCAACCUAUUUUCACACCAGCGGGUUCACACUGGGGAGAGGCCAUUCAUGUGCUUUGUGUGUGGGAAGGGAUUUACUCAGUCAUCCAGCCUGCAGACACACCAGCGAAUUCACACUGGGGAGAGACCGUUCACCUGCUCUGUGUGCGGGAAGGGAUUCAGUGAUUCAUCCAACCUGUUUUCACACCAGCGAGUUCACACUGGGGAGAGGCCGUUCCCCUGCUCUCAGUGCGGGAAGGGAUUCACUCGGCUAUCCAACCUGGUGACACACCAGCGAGUUCACAGUGGGGAGAAGCCAUUUAUCUGCUCCGAGUGUGGGAAGGGAUUCACACAGUCACAACACCUGCUAAGACACCAGCAAGCUCACCAGUGCUUACAGAAGUUGGAUUCUGCUGCUAUUGCUGCUGUUAAUCACAUCCAGGACUGAACCAUGUUCAUUCUGAAAGUUGGGAGGGUCAGAGGGUUUCUUUCUGCUGGACUGGUCAGUUUCAUGACUUUGCUUCCAGUGGGCUGAUGCUCUUUGAAUGUGGGAGAGCACAUUUCCACUGAAAUGAUCCAUAAAAGCUGAUGAAGUACAUUUAUUUAUCCUGGAUAGUAAAUAGUGUUGUUCCUACCACUACAGGUAGACCUAAAAUAAAUACAUUUGUUUUUUUCCCAUUGAGUCUAUAGCACAGGGCUAGACCAGUUGCUCCAUUGGUCUAUGUCAGUAUUUGUGCUCCACAUGAGUCCACACCCACCUCUCUUCAUCUCCCCCAUCAGCAUGUCCUUCUAUUCCUUUCUCCCUCUUAUUUGUACCUAGCUUCCCCUUAAAUGU